CGCCAUCGGCAAGUGGUGGAGGAGUCCCAAAGAUUGACAGAGCUCAUGAAUAGUGGUAUAGAUGCAGAGCUUCUUGCAGAAGAGAAGACAGACUCUGGUGUGAAUGGUGAUAGUGGGGAAGAUGAAGGCUCGUCCUCGCGGCUGUGGGUGGAUCAGUUCUCGCCACAGCACUACACUGAUCUACUCAGUGAUAAUUUUACUAAUCGUUGUCUGCUGAAGUGGCUGAAACUCUGGGACAUUGUGGUCUUCGGGCGAGAGAGGAAACCCCGUUCGGCCCCUGCAGACAUCAGAUCGAAUUUCACAAAUGCUCAAAACCAGAACCAGUCCCAGCGUUUCAAAACCAAGUCCCAAAUGACAGAAGAGAUAUUAGAGGCUGAGCUCGACCAGUACAAAAGACCUAAACUUAAG